UCGUAAGCGUACCUCUGGAGGGUUCGUGCUUACUCGCUGUUAUUCCGAGUUAUUUGUGUGGAGUUUUCGUCGUGUUUUCUUACUUUCCUUUGGAUCUGAAACCUGUACCUUCGGCGACAAGCAUUAUCGAGUGGAGGUGUAUUCGCUAUAAAUCCGGAUACGUGGGUUUAAUUGCGUGUCUGAUUUUUGAGUAGCAAUUUGCAACGCCAGUGAACUGAGAUAGAUGUAUGAGUUAUGAAAAAAUUCCAGCACUGCAACACGUCAUUGUUUGGACAAUACCUGCACAAAACUUGAUCUACCACUAAUGCUUGAGAGCCUCCUGCAUCUGAACGCAUCUGUGGAGAUCCUUGGAAAUGACCUGCUUUUUUCACAAGAGUGUUUCUAAAGUUGGACUUACCAAUUGCUAGUAAUCUUAUUGACUUUGCUAGGCAAGUGCCUUGGAAAAUACACUCUGACAUUUAAGUGAAACUACUUGCUGUUUCAGUAGCAAUGUGGAUCAUGCCAGUGGAUUAUUUUACACUUUUGACUUUGUGCGUAUUGGUGGCCUUUGCUGCUUCUUUUGAAGACAUUAUUCCACGAAUAAGCUUCAGCCAUGAGGCAGAAGAUCGGCCUGUUAAACUGUUUUCUGCAGAGGGUGUUUUUAAUUAUUCCACUUUGCUUUUAAAUGAAGAUAAAUCAGUUCUGUAUGUUGGUGCAAGAGAAGCCCUGUUUGCUUUGAAUGUCUCCAAUUUUGGGAAGAGCAAACUGAACAGAAAUCUGACAUGGAGCGCCCCUGAUAAUAAACGAAAACAGUGCAGCUUUAAAGGAAGAAGCCUGCAGACUGACUGCUUCAAUUAUGUCAAAGUCUUCCUGCAACUCAAUAGUACUCACUUAUUUGCCUGUGGGACCUAUGCAUUCAGCCCCAUCUGCACAUAUAUUAAAAUUUCAGAUUUCAGCUUAGUGAAAAAUGCAGAGGGCAUUGUGACUGAGGAGGGCCGGAGCCGAUGUCCAUUUGAUCCAGAAUACAAGUCUUCUGCUAUCAUUGUUGAUGGAGAAUUGUAUGCAGGAACUGUCAGUAACUUUCAAGGAAAUGAACCCACAAUUUAUAAGAGUCUUGGUAGCGGGACUCCGUUAAAAACUGAGAACUCUUUGAACUGGCUCCAAGAUCCUUCUUUUGUGGGAGCAGCAUAUAUUCAGGAGAGCCUACCUUUAGGGAAUCCAGUUGGAGAUGAUGAUAAAAUAUACUUCUUCUUCAGUGAAACUGGAAAGGAAUUUGACUUUUUUGAUAACACCAUUGUCUCCAGGAUAGCCCGUGUCUGCAAGGGAGACAAAGGUGGUGAGCGGGUAUUGCAGAAGAAGUGGACCACAUUCUUAAAGGCCCAUCUUUUGUGUUCCCUAUCUAAUGAUGGCUUCCCAUUCAACAUUAUCCAGGAUAUGUUUGUAUUAACACCAGGAGAAGAGAACUGGAAGCAAACAAUCUUCUAUGGGGUUUUUACAUCCCAGUGGUACACAGGUGCAGCUAGCAGCUCUGCUGUAUGUUCUUUUUCAAUGGACCAAGUAGAAAAUGCCUUCAACGGUCGAUACCGUGAAGUGAACCGUGAAACUCAACAGUGGUACACCUAUAAUCAUCCUGUGCCAGAACCAAGACCUGGAGCUUGUAUUAAUAAUGAUGCAAGAGAGAAAAACAUAGCCUCAUCACUUCAAAUGCCAGACAAGGUGCUCAACUUCAUGAAGGAUCAUUUUCUAAUGGAUACUGUCAUUAAAAGCCUACCACUGCUUGUGAAGAGAAAUACACGGUACACGCAGAUUGUGGUGGACAGAGUCAAGGGUCCUCACAAACAUUAUGAUGUUUUAUUUAUUGGUACAGAUGAUGGAAAAAUUCACAAAUCAAUUAACGUGGACUCAGAGAUGUACAUCAUUGAGGAAAUACAGCUCUUCAAUGAAUCUGUGCAGACAAUCGAGCUGGACUCUCAAAAGGGCAUGCUGUAUGUGUCCUCUUACACAGGAGUGGCUCAAGUGCCUGUAGCUAACUGCAGUAACUAUCAGAACUGUGGAGAGUGCAUACUAGCAAGGGACCCAUACUGUGCCUGGACUGGAAAGAGAUGCAAAGAUAUUCGACACGCAUCACCUGAGAGCCACUGGCAACAGGACAUUGUAAAUGCAGACACUAAUAUGAUUUGUGAUGUUCAGCAUGGGAGGAGCAAAGGUGGCUUUGAGUGCCUCCGGUUUAUACUUCCUCCGAACACAUUUAAGGUUCUUCCUUGCUAUCUGAGAUCCAACCUUGCAAGACGGUUAUGGGUUUACAAUGCAAGUGCUAAUAACUCAACUUACAGUAGUCCUGAUGGGGGCCUGGUAGUGGUGGCCAGUGUGAAUGGACAAGAAACUUAUGAAUGUUGGUCAAUUGAAAAUAACUUUCAGCAGUUACUAGCAAACUACUGUGUGGAGGCUGAGAAGUCCCUAGAGGUUUUGACAACGGACAGACCUAAAACUCCGGCAACAUUAGAAAAGACAUACAUUCUCCCAAGCAAUGAGCAUUCAGCGCAGACUGAAGUGAGGACCUAUUGGAAUGAGCUUCUAAUCGUUUGUAUCCUGUUGGGAGCCACCAUUAUAUGUUUUUCUCUCUUCUUCAUCUACCGGCAUAGGUCAAGUAUGAAAACUUUUCUAAAAGAAGGAGAAUGCUCCAAUAUGCAACAGAAGAAACAGAGGAUUGUGAUUCCUGGUGAAAGCCUUCCACUUAAUGGGAGUGUUGUACCUGCUUCCAGUUCAGACCACAAGGGCUAUCAGGCGUUGAAUAAUUACAUAUGUAGUACACCAACACACGAGAAUCCAGAUAAUGGAAAAAGUUUUUCUGAAAAGAGACCCUUGAAUCUGAAAGAGAGUCAUGUUGAAAUUUCUCCUUCCUGCCCUAGGCCCAGAGUACGACUUGGGUCAGAAAUUAAAGAUUCUAUAGUGUGAAGGGAGGGAGAGACUGCAUUCAUUGACUUUUAUUUUUCUUCUUUUCUUUUUCUUUUUAAUGUAUGAGAUAAGACUAAGCUUUUACACUCAUGACCACCUUUGAAUUGAGAGGCUGUGAAAAUGGACUACUGCAGCAGGUCACGUGUGUCCUUUGUCUUCCUGGCACUAAAAGUCUCGAGCAGCUAUCUGAAUGAGUUUGUAGAGACAUUUAUUGACAGCAGAGGUCUUAUUAGUCUCACUUAAGUGAGAAGUUCAAAAUGUUCUUAUCAUUGGUCGCUUCAAUUCUAUUUAAUGUUUGAACAUGACAACUGCUUUUUUGGUAAUAUUAUUUUGUAUGGAAACACAUUCUUUUGGGCAAGUGGACCAUUAUAGUAUGCCAUUUGGAAGAAAGGUGCACUGUAUUGACGACUCCGGCCUGUUGGAUUCAGCAUGGAGAUUUUUUUUUUUUUAGUGAGAAGCAAACAUUGUCGAACAAAUUAAAAGGAAGAGUAACUUUCAAGUACAGCUGGACUACUGAAAAAAAAGCUAUUCCUGCUAAUUUCAACAAAGUUCUCCUGUUUAUAACAGUGACUGUCUGCUUUUCCUCGACAUAGCAUCCCCAUGGUGAGACAAUCACAAGAAUGCAAAAUGAAGGGGCAGCUAGAAGGCGAUGUUCCUAUAAGGUGUAACAUGAGUAGUUUCAGCAACCACUUCUGAAACAAGAAACGACAAAGAAAAAUAAAACAACCAGCAUUAAGAAAGCUACUAUGCAAAAAUGAAUAAUGGAUCAGCACUGAGGUUGUAGGUUUGAUGGUGGCCUCACUCACAUUGUGACUGGAGUUGGAAUGACUUAAGAAUCCCACAGUACUUUGUGUGGGUGAAAUUCAGAGAAGGCACACUGAUAAGAUGCUGUGCUGGCAGUGACUGAGAAACAUUUUGGAUCCCCGUGCUCCUACUGAGAUAGAUUGCACUGCAAAGAUUCAGUUUUGACAUUAAACCUCAGAAGCCUGAAAUGUGUUGGCCAUAUGAGUGUGUCUUGUGUCUUGUAUCUUGCGGCGAACUGUGCAGAAACUGAAAAACUGCAAAAACUACACCCCAGCUUGGCUGAAGCAGAACAUGACUACAGUUAACAACAUUCCCUCUACUGGAAAAGGCUGAUAGCUCAUUAUGAGUGUCCAGCCUCUUGUGACUUGCAUGUCAGAUACAUUUUUGAAGUAGCAAAGUGAAAAAAUAAAUGUUAUUUUUUUAACCAAAAUUAAUGUAUAUUGUGCCAAAAAGAAAUAAUUUGUGUAAAGUUUCACUGUUGUGCUUAAAUACAGACUGUCAUCUUCAGGAGACAUUUUACAGUUUUGGAAAGAGAUGUUAGGCAGGUAUGUAUUGUAGUGAUGUGAAAGCCUGACUGUUGUGGGAGAGUGGAACAUUGUAAAAAAAAAAACAUCAGAGUAGUCUUAAACUUGGAAGGUUAACUUACUUCUGAUCCUGUGUACCAACUGAAUGCCUUUAAAAUUGGCUUUAAAAUUCCAGAAGAUACUGGGGUUCUACUAAAACCAAUGCUUGAACAGUUCUUUAAGGAAUUUAUGAUCAGUAAUAUUUACUUCUACGGCAGAUACACAAAUCUAGAGUAAUUUCAUUUUCCUUUAUAAACUAAAAACAUAUUGCAUUAGAUUGAUAUAAUAAAACAUAGGCAGCAAAUAGUACAUAAGGUAUUCAUAAUUUCAGCAUCUGGUGACAUUACCAAUGAGUUAAAUUCACAAGACAAACAGACCUACACAUACUGAAUUUAUUACACAGAAGUUAGACACCAAAGUCAGCCAGAAGGUUACUUGUCCUGUCAAAUAAUGUUGCCUACCCAAUUUUAAAACCAGUUAUAAGUUAAUCUGAUAUAUAUAUGAUUGUAUUUUAUCUUUUAAUAUAUUUAUCAGUUGCCAUCAGAGUGCAAAUUGUUCACUCCGGCACAAAUUAUGUAGCAGUUUACUGGUUUACAAUUGACGUGGUUCUGAUCUCAGACUAAUGAAUUAGAAUUUAGCCGCUGUUGUCUGUCGGAACACACCUGACUGUUAAAAUGCUGUGGCUUUUUGAGGGGUGUCUUACUAUCCAUUAAUACUGCCUACAAGUACUUCUUUGAGAACCAGACAGACUAUCAAACUUGAUAUAAUGUGAAAAAGUUAAGGAUACUCCGUAGCUAUUAAAGAUGAGAGCUACUUUGCCAAGUUUGGCCUUGUAAUGGAAGUAUGGAGGUUGCAAGGCUCUUUGUAUAUAUAAUAUGCGUACCUGUUGUAUGUGUUGCAAUAUGAAACUUAAAAUCCAGACAUACACUGCCACGCAGCUCUUGCUUUAAAAUAAUUAUAUGAUGAUGAUAUCUGCAUGUUGCUGGUUAAAUACAAAGAGUUUAUUUUGCACACGCUAUCCUUAGCUGAGGUGUAUGUCUGUGUGUUCUUGUGUGUUUGUGUUUGAUUGGAACAACUUGCUUUUUUGUCUUCUAUGUCAGAUUUCAGUCAUUGGGAUCACAAGGUGCUGACGAGUGUUUGAGAACUAAGAGCACGCAACAUGCCGAGUGUGUGUUCACAACUGCAUGUCCACACGCUCAGGAUGACCAGUUCUAGGAAGAUCCCUGCUUUGUUAAACAGAUGCUGGUAGCUCUGAGUACAGUCAAAGCCAUGAAAUAAAUGUGCAUCUUGAACAGUGGAUCAUAGUCCGGCUUUUAGGGUUAGUAGUGUGCUCGAUGUCUUCUGCAUGGCGCACCACACCUUGAGCAACACUGUCAUGUGUGUUUGAGUUUGAAUUUUGCCAUUUAACUGCUAAUUUAACUCAACAACAUGCACAUCAUGAAGUGCUGGAUAUUUAAACAGUAGAACUAGAUAGCAGAGCAUAUUCUCCCAGUUAGAAAAGGAAGACUUGUAGACUGGUGCAGUAAAAGAGUGGCAUUGGAGUACAGCUACUGAAAUCAUCGAUGGCAUCCAAAAUCUGCUUUUUAUGUAAAGAACAGACAAAGGUCUGAGUCUCCUGCAAAUUUGUUAAUACAAUCAGCAUUAGCCAAACAAGUGCGAGUGUCAUCCCAAGAUGCAGUGGGACUAGUCUGAUUGGACAGGAUGUGAGAAAUGCCUGUGUCAUCUGUGGGCCCUUGUGUCACUGUUGCGUAAAAGUACACACACACCCACACAAAGGGAUUACAUAUUUGAGUGUUUGAAAUUAAAUGAAAUAUUUUUGGUUUGUUUUUUGGUAACGUGGACAUGUACAAUGUUCUAAAUAUUGGUUAAAUGUUUGGCACAAUUUAUUGUGCAAUUUUCUUACUGUAAAUAAACACAUGCACUUUAAUUUUGUAAUAAAAUGUUUAAUGAAG